GUACUUACCCCGAGAGUGCGAUAUUAGUCUAGCUGCCGACAGAUAUCUAUAAUCUCCAUAAGACAUGCCGUCACGAAAUUAUGGAUCUGGAGGAGAUCUCCGUCAGUGCUUUUGCCACUGCACUGGCAAUGGCAACAUUACAAAGCCUCGUUGAUAUUACUCAGAGAAGACGUAGUCUUGUCACCUCGUCGAAGGAGUCUUUAUCUAAUUGUCAAAAAGUCACCGACAAGUGUCCUCGGCUUCCUUUCCUAUGACACGACCCUGACUUAAAUCUCUCCAAGCGGGAUCUGGCAAGCUUGUCGCUAAUGUUGGCAAGCCAUGGAUAUCACCCUGUUGAAGGCAGUGGCAGGGCGGCUGAGAGGAGUCGUAACCCAAUCCCCACACAUCCCAACGCAAUGACUUCUACAGGUCAGCCACCGAAAAUCUUCUCCAUACCAAGGCUUUGCUUUGCUGCACUCCACACUCCCUCCACAUGAACGUAUUUCCUCCUCACUCCACCUAGUCCACUCUCGACAAGCCUUUCGCCUUGACUUCAAAUAGGGUUAUUCUCUCCCCUUAUUUUCUCAAUACAAAUCUCGUCAUCUGACGACUUUCAUUACUUCAACUUGAACUGCACGAUGGCGACAACAAACCCACCCGCUGCAGACAGCAAGACCACAGAUGACGACGUUAAACUGUCAGCACAGCAUCUCGAACGUGUGGAAACUGUUCAUACAACCCAACCCGAUGUUUCUGACCUCAGCAUUUGGCAGACGAUCAAACAAAAUCCGUUCAUCGUGUUAUGUUGUAUCUAUGCUAAUAUGGGGGCACUGAUGUAUGGAUUCGAUAAUAUUGCACUUUCACUUUGUUUGAACAUGGUGCCAUUCCAAGCACAGUUCGGUGAACAGGUAUCUCCUGGUACAUAUAUAAUACCUGCUUAUUGGCAAUCGUUGUGGAAUGCCAUGGCACAAGUAUGCACAGGUUUUGGUGCUUGGGGAGCUGGACCUAUCUCAGAUCGUUUCGGUCGUCGCAUUUCUUUCUGUGUAUCUGGACUCAUAUCGAUUGCCGGAACUGCUGUCAUAUACACGGCCACAACCCCCGGGGCCUUUCUGGGAGGCAAAAUGAUUAAUGCUAUUGGGCUUGGCAUGGCUUUGACUACUGGUCAAAUCUAUGUCUCAGAGAUCACUCCUCUGAGGAUUCGUGGAGUAGCAUUGUCAGCGUAUGCAUUUAGCAUGAACUUAGGAUAUCUCAUUGCGGCAUCGGUUGCUUUCGAUCGUGUAACAAUCAUGGAUCAAUCCUCAUACAAAGUUCUCUUCGCCUCAAAUUGGGUUUGGCCGCUAGUCAUCGUUUUAUUCUGUUUCGUUAUUCCUGAAUCGCCCUACUAUCUUGUCCGAAAAGGCAAUUUAUCAUCUGCCACCAAGGGCCUUUCAAAACUUUACAACAAGUCUAUCUCAGUUGAGCCCAUUCUCGCUAGCAUGGUCCGAAUUACUCGGGAAGAAGAGAACCAAGCCAACGCGAGUAGCGAGACUUCUUACAUGGACCUUUUCAAAGGCACAAAUUGGCGCAGGACAAGAAUCAUUCUUUACACAAACGGUCUCAAUCAAAUGAUUGGUGCUACUUUCAUCUCUAAUGCUCCAUACUUUAUGAUUACAGCCGGUCUCUCGUCAUCGCAAGCUUCAAUGAUGAUUGAGUUGGGUAUUGGAUUUGCGCUGAUUAGUAGUUUCUUCACAUUUUGGUUCAUGACUUUCGUUGGAAGAAGAAAAAUGAUAUUAUCUGGUAUUUCCCUUGCUGUUGUCCUCUUCUUGAUCAUGGGUAUCGCAGCAAGUGUUUCUUCAUCGAAAGCAUCCUUAUGGUGCGUGGGUGUAACGCUCCAAUUAGUUUGGUUCACCAUUGGCCCCUCUAUCGGCCCUUCUAUCUCCCUUGCCGGAGAAAUCUCCUCUCUUCGUCUACGAGCUAAAUCACAAUCUCUCGGUUUCUUCUUCAACUAUUCUUAUUCUACCGUCUGGAACGUAGCUGUACCAUACAUGUUCAAUGCCACUGAAGGAAAUCUAGGUGGAAAAAUGGGAUGGAUCUUUUUGGCAACAUCUUGUAUUGCGUGGUUUGUUGUGUGGGCAGAGAUACCAGAGACGAAAGACAGAACAUAUGGAGAGUUAGAUGAGAUGUUCAAUGAAAGAGUGCCAGCGAGGAAGUUCAAGGCGUACAGAACGGAGAGAAGAGUGGCAGAUGCAAAGGUUGAAGAUGAGAAUCCCGGGGUUUGAGAUUGCUGGGUUCAAGAUAUGAUGAUUAUGAUUUCCUUUGUUGAUUUCUAGGUAUACGGCACAGUUAAAAUUAAUAAAAUAUAAGAAAAAAACUUUAAACA